AUGGGACCGACAGAGUCGUUCGUCGUCUUGACCGACUCCGUAUUUGGCUCUGCGUCAGCCGCCGCACUCCCGGCGCCAGGCUCCGCCCCUCGUCCAGCCGUGACCUCCUCCGACCCGUUCUCCUUCUCGCCAGCACAACCAACCUCCCUGACUCCCCAUCUUUCACAACUUUCGACCCUCUACACCUUGCUCUCCUCCCAAUCCUCCAUCGCACAACCUCUCUGCACAGAAUGCACCGAGUCCCUCCUCACCCUCAUGACUCGCGAACUCGAUGAACUCCGGAAAGAAAAGGAUCGAUUGGCUGCGUUUGAGAGGGAGGUCGUGAGGAAGAGGGACGAGGUUAGGAAGAGCUUAGGGGCUGCGACGGAUGCGGAGGUCAGGGAGGCGUUGGAAAAGGAGAUUGCGAAGCUCCGCAAAGCCGAAUCCCACGCUAUCACCGAGCUGAAAGCCGUCGAAGCGCAGAAGGCGUCCCUGGCAGAGGAACAGACUGCGCUCGACGCGGAAGAAGAAGAGCUUGCGCGUGAGGAAGCAGAAUUCUGGCGCCAACACUCGCUCUACGUCCUCGACCGCGACCAACUGCUCGACCGGCAAUCGGCGCUUGAGACGCGUCUUGCGAACGGGCAGCGGGAGUUGGACAAGUUGCAGCGGACAAACGUGUACAACGACGCCUUCUGCAUCGGCCAGGAAGCAGGCUUCGGUACAAUCAACGGUCUGCGCCUCGGUCGUCUGCCAGGAGUCGUCGUCGAAUGGCCCGAGAUCAAUGCCGCAUGGGGCCAUACACUCCUCCUACUGCACACCAUCGCGCGCAAGUUUGCGUUCGAGUUCCAGGGGUACAAGCUCGUGCCGUGCGGGAGUUUCUCGAGUAUCGAGAAGGUCGGGGAGAAAGGCGAGACGGCCGGGGUGUACGAGCUCUACGGGUCAGGCGACUUUGCCGUCACCCGUCUCCUCCAGAACCGUCGCUUCGACAUGGCCAUGGUCGCGUUCCUCGAAUGUUUGAGGCAGUUGAGCGAGUGGGUCACGAGGCGAGAUCGGGGAGUCAGGCUGCCGCAUGCUGUCGUGAAGGAUCGUAUCGGCGACGUCUCGAUCAAGCUUCAGUUCGGCAGCGACGAGACCUGGACGAGGGCGCUGCGGCAUGUCCUCCUCGACCUCAAGAUCCUCCUCGGCCGCGCCUCGCUUUGA